UUUCCCCGAGAUCUGCGAGGACCCGCUCUUGCUCGAGGCUCUCCUCAUUGGCUGGCAUCCUACCCCGUCUGAAACUCAAUCCGGACGUUCCCCCGACUCUCCCCGCUACAGAGUCGACUCCGAUCCUGGUAAGGGAGUUGUGGAAUAACCCGAAACGGCAAGAGGACACGCAGCGCAGCGCGUGACGGGGGGGGGAAAUCAAAUUACUGUCCGCCUCAGCCUCCAAGUAUCAAGGAAAGGGUUCUGGCACAGAGCAAACCCCAUUUAAAAGGCUGCUGUAAAGAGGGCAGUUACUCCAGAGCUCUGGGGAUCCAUUAUAAUUAUCAUAUUAACUAUGCAGGUAGUGAGGCUGCUCUAAUUAUAACCACUGUCAAUGCCUUACGCUUCUUGGCUUCCAACAUGCAUCCAGCUUCCUGUGACACCCCGCUCACCUUGCUUUCCGUGUCGCGUUAGCAGCUUGACGGUGAGGGUUCGAGAGGGCCGUGAUUAAGGAGCCACUGGGCCGUGGCUGUCAUCGUUGCCAUCUCCGGCAGAUGUGGGUGCCCUCUUUUCAGCAUGUGUGACCCCGUGACCCCUGGUGGAUUCCCUGCUACAAUUGGUUGAGGGGGGAGCUGGGCCAGACACCCUCGCUAUCGUCACCUUCUCCAGAAGCCUCUGCGAGGAGAAGAUAACCAGGUUUCCCUUUUGCAUUUAUGCUGACAAGGACGGCAGAACAUACCUGCUCUUAAAUUCUCUGCGUGGGCACCUUGAGACCUUCUUCCGAUCAUUGGACUACUCAGUGGGUUGGAGCCUGAACUGCUUCCUUGAACCAAAGUCCUGAAUGGACACAGGGGGCACCGGUGUGCGCGGCCUGGACCGGCCCGUCGGGGACUGGCUGGAGCACGUGGGCCUACCGCAGUACGAGAGCAAAUUCCUGCUCAAUGGCUUCGACGACCUGCGUUUCAUGGGCAGCAAUGUCAUGGAGGACCAGGACCUUAGGGAGAUAGGCAUCAUAGACCCAGGCCACAGGAGGAAGCUCUUGAACUCAGCACGGUCAUUGCCAAAGGUGAAGGCCUUGGGUUGCGAUGGCAGCACCUCGCUUAUUUCCUGGCUGGAUACGCUUGGCUUACAAGCAUACCUGCCCAACUUCCUGUCUGCCGGUUACCACACCCUGGACUGUGUCAAGAACCUGUGGGAGCUGGAGAUGAUCAAUGUGCUGAAGAUCAAUCUGCUUGGCCACAGGAAACGGAUCAUUGCCUCGCUGGCAGAACUGCCCUAUGAAGAGAUGCCCGCCAAGCCUUCCCGUCUCUCCCAGAUUAGGUGUCAGGAUCUCAUCUCCCAGCCCUCCUCCCCCCUCAGCUACAUGGACUCCUACGCCAGCCGAUCCAUGGACCACCUGCUUCCCGGGGGCGACUCGGCCCGGAGGAGGAGAAGCGACCGGGAGCAGACCCCCUCCCAGCGUUCCCAGAGUGAGAGACCCCGGUCUCAUGAUAGGCAGCUUGACAGGCAGCUCGAGCGACAGAGAGAGAGCCGGCUGACCCUGCGGCCCCCCAGUCAGUCGACGCCGUUUGCCCCUGUGCCUGGCUGGCACCACCAGCCUGAGAAGCUCAUCUUUGAGGCCUGCGGAUACGAAGCCAGCUACUUGGGGUCGAUGGUCAUUAAGGAGCUGAGAGGCAUUGAAUCCACCCAGGAAGCCUGUGCCAAAAUGAGGAAGACUGCUGAGCAGAAGAGGAAGGUCCCCACCAUUGUUCUCUCCAUCACCUACAAGGGGGUCACGUUCAUCGAUGCUGCCACCAAGAGCAUAAUCGCGGAGCAUGAGAUCCGGAACAUCUCGUGUGCGGCCCAGGACCCCGACGACCUGCGCACCUUCGCGUACAUCACCAAGGACCUGCAGAGUGGUCACCACUUCUGCCAUGUCUUCAGCACAGUGGAUGUGAGCCUGACCUAUGAGGUGAUCCUGACGCUUGGACAGGCAUUCGAGGUGGCCUAUCAGCUGGCGCUCAAGGCCCAGAGAUCGCAGCAGCACCGGGUCCCAGCGGCAUCGUCGUCGGAGCUCAUAGAGACCCGGUCCAGCCAGUCCAUGCCAAAGGCCAGGAGUAGCUCCCGGAAGUCGCCAGAUCCUUUGCUGCCAGAGAGCCACUGCUGUCACUGUCACACCUGUACUACCCAUCGGCCCACCCAUCUCCCACUGCGGGCCGUCAGCCCCGGAGAGCAGAUGGACCACGUAGACAAGGCAGCGGAAACACAGUCCUUGGGCAGUGGCACAUGGCUGACUGAGCAGCAGGACCCCAGCAAGCCCACCCCCAGCACCAAGUAUGAGACCACCAUAUUCUGAAAGCCUCAGAUUCUGCUCCUCGCCCCACCUCCUUUCACUGUGACCCCUCCCACCCUCGGAUGACCUUCUCCAAACCUCCAGCUGAGCUCAUGCUAACCCUCUUUAUUGGCACUUCUGUACACAGAGCCCAUGACUGAAGAAAUCCUUGGCAAUAAUCUGGAUUUUGCUAACAGAAGUUCCGCCCCCUUUAAACGGCCCCUCCCAUUAUUACUUGGGCACUCCAAUUUGAAAGAAAAAGAAAAAAAAAACAGUUUUUGAAUGCAUUUCGUCACAUGAUUGGUUACAGAUUUCCUGGUGGUGCUUCGUAGUUCUGGAUAUGACCCAUUUUAGAACAAGAAAUCAAGACGCUGGAACCUUUUACUUGCCUUUUGUACAAGUAGCACAUUGGAAAUUCUUACUCGAUAUCAGAAAGCUGAUGUUCUGCACUCAUGCAGCGUCUCACGCCAUUUGGACACUGGAACUGAGACUUGCUUUGUGUGCUCAGCUCUACAGUGUAGUUUUCAUUUCUACUGUGAAUGUUUAGAUACCAAAGCAGCAGCCUUCCCUUUUUCUCAUUGAUCCUCUCCAUCUUGUAGUGACAGGUAGCCUGUCGGACCUUGCUUUACGCUCUGUUCUUGCUCUUCCUCCAGUGUCGGAACGUUUUUAAGGACUCUCGCUCUUGGUGUUGCUUCCUUCCUUACUGGAGCACGUUCCACUGUGAUGAGACUUCAUUUAGAGCUUAACUGCUGCUGAACCAUAAAAAUUCACACAAGAGGCACAACAGACCCGUGUUGAACAUUUCUGAGCUAUAGUCUAAGACAAUGAUUCCAAAUCCAGUCCUCGGGGACCUGGCAGACGUUCCACGUUUUUGCUCCCUCUCAGCCCCCUGUAGAGAGCAAAAAUGUAGACUGUCUGGCCGGGAGCUCGGCAGGAGCAAAAACGUGGACCGGCUGUGGGUCCCCAAGAACUGGAUUGGACCUUUAGUUUUUUAUAAACAUUAGAUUAACUUCAGUGCUAAUGUUUCUUCCGAAAGUGUUAUAUUUAUCAUGGAAUGUCCACUAUCUUAAACAAGGCGUAGCAUCUUAUUUACCGCAGGAGUGGCAGAAACCGCAUGUUAUGCUGAGUGCAGCUUCUUCCUACGGCUCUCGCGAGAUAAAAAAAUAAAAAAAUAAAAAAUCAUCUUAGUCUCCAUAAGCAGAUGAUUAUGAAUGUUAUUUGAUGCAUCCAGUUUAAAAUAAACAAGAAAGCACAAAGCAGACCAGGCGGUUUGGACUCCAAACAGCUUUGAUUUUUGAUUGUGGAUCAUAACCUUCUGAUGUCCAGGUGGAGCGUCUUCAUCCACCAGAUUCUGUCCAGGCUCCUUAAGUUCUAUCUGCUCCCUUUGGUUGUGACUCAGGAUCUGUCUGUCAAAAGUUCACUUCAGAGGAAACCAAGUAUGUUCACUUAGCUUUGUAUCACUGUAGUUGCGCUGGAUUUAGUUAAAACUUUUAGUUCUAUUUGAUCAAAGAGAAAUUCACACACUUUUAAUUAAAGGCAAUGAAGGUGAACCAUUCCUUGAGUUGCCAUUUGCAGUACUUUGGAUCUUUGUGGACGUGAACAGCUUCUGUAAAUCGUGAAAACUGCAAAGUUCUAAGAAAUCUUUGUCAAGCUAAGCUUUCGUGCUGGCAAGGAUGAAAAGAAAAGCAUCAGUUUCAAGCAGCUUUUGAGAACAGGAAAUCCAAACAACUGCCCAUUUUGUUUUCCAGUCACCAAACUUCCCUAAUUCCAAACAUACAUUGUCAUUAUUCUGCAGAACGUGUUUAUUUAUUUGUUUUUAACCUGAAAUGACUUGUUUUGCCUUCAUCGCAUACAUCUCACAUGUCACGUCUGGUGAGCUGAUGAGUUCAUGCCCACAAAAGCACUGUUUCCUGUGUGUGUGCUUGUACAGUAAGUGGCCUCCUGUGACCUUAGUCUAUAUUUUGUUAAAACUUCAGCGCAAAGGCUGUAUUUCCCGGGGAUGCUUUGACCCUGACAGGUUUCCUCUUUUAACCCACAUGUUUUCCUUUGUGUAGCUGGCUCCUGUGUUCAAGUUUCCGGAUACCAGACUCUGAGGGGUGAUGGGUAACGGGAGCUAUAGGAAAAGAGGAGGGACAUAUGUUGAUGGAGACCUGAGAUUUAGGGGAACUGUUCCUCCCUCCCCCCACUGCAUCCCACCUGUUGAAGCUUUGCCAGGGGGGGAUCAGCAUGGAAUAGGGGUUGGCACCUUUUCAGUGGUUCACAACAAGGGGCAGUGUAUCUUCGCUGAAAGAGGGGAGAGACAGAACAUAAUGCAUCCUGAAUUUAACACUUCCCAUGCAGGUAAAGAGCCAAUAAAUCAAAUGAAAGAACUGGAGCAUUUAGCUGUUAGCAUGCUUGUGGGACUUUUACUUGGUUUUAAUUGGUUGGUCCCGCCUCCUUUAUUUGCUUGGCCCCACCUCCUCUACAAUCAGAUUGGAUGUUGCUUUGAACCAAUCAUCUUUCAUUCCAUCCACAGAACAUUUUUGUGUAAGUAAAACUCCCAUGACUUGUUAGCAUGCCCAAAUAGACAAUGCUGUGUUCUGACCACAAGUGUGCUCAACAUGGCCAGAUCCUAAGUGACUUUUGGGCACUUCAAAGUCCGUUCUGCUCUAAAAAUCCCACAGUAACUAUCAACGCAAAUUGAAAAGAAAUUUUAUUAACAACUGGGGAAGGAUGACAAGGAAUUUGCUAAUGCUGCUUACUAAUGAUUAUAUGUCUCACUAACCUCAAAUUACCAAUAGAUCUACAACUGCACAAGUCCAAUGUUUUAAAAAUGUGAUCUUUGUAUGGAAAAGGACUCCCUAGAGGAAGCAAUAAAUAUGAAGAAAUCAAAGUUGCAGUGCAGACAAGUGUCUGGUCAAAGUUGCUGUCAGUUAAAACUUAUGUUAGUUUACAAAAUUAACAACCGAAAGUGGGGUCACCUAAAUCUUAAAAUCAAAUAUUGGACUUUUCUUUGUAGUUACCUGCUUUAAUUAAAAUAUACAUCUUACAAAGUAGCCAUUUAUGAGACUUGAUAAGAUGUCUUCCAAGCCUAAUUAUGAGUUUGGUAUUAAUUAUUAGCAUGGAGGCCUGAGAACAUUACCAUUAUUUUUUCAGUGUUUGGAUAAGCCAUUAGCAUCACCAAAGAAGCUCAAAAGAUCUGUCAUGAAAUUCCAAAAUAAACACUCAAGUUGUGUCGUGACAACAAAGUUUGCUCUGAAUUAUGCAUUGUUUUAAAACUGUUACAUUGAGAAAUGGUCACGUGAUCAUAUCAGUGCAAUGUUUCACUUUUAGCUAAUUUUUAAAUACCAUUUUGUAUUUAUCUUCAAAUCAAGGUCACAAAAAUUUGCAACUUGCCAUGAGUUUUACUUUUAAUUUAAGUUUUUUACUCUUUAUCACCCUUAGUAUUUGAACCUUUAAAACCUGUUUCUUUAUCUGACAUUGAAAUCAGGUACAAUAGACAGCAUCACUUUGAUAACAUGAAUCUCCCCAUAAAUGAGCAUUUCAGUUCCAUCCCCUAAUCCAAAAUUUUAUAUCUAUGGUACUCCUUGCAAAGCAUCCUGGGCCAUUUUCAUGUUUGCACGACUGAACUAGAAUGUGGACAAAUAAACCGAUUUGCAAUGUUAAAAAAAACCAAUAGCUUAAAGGUGAUGGAUUGUAAACAAAAAGAUAAAUUAUCUCUAGUGGUGUGAAUUUUAUACUUGAAUGAUUCUAUUUCCAAACAUAUUCAUGUAUGUAACUUCUUUUAUGUUACAGAUGUUGGCAAUGAGGUUAACAAAAGCUUUGUAUGUUUUUUUUUAAAUAAACAUAGCUGGUAACUUUUUCUUCUCUCUUGGUGAAAGAAUUAGAUCAAAGUGAGAGACAGAACUCAGGCAAACAUCAGACCACUUAAAAGAUUGUACAUAUUCUUUCGCGUUGUGGUUUUUUUCUAAUUUUUAUUUUUCAAAAUUGUAAAACUAAUAAAUGAAAAAGGUAACCAAAAAUCUG